AGAAAAUCGUUUGUGCGUCACGUUGGCUCAUUGAAUAUUCGAUAGAAAGAAACUAUAUAUGGAAACAUGACGCGGUAUCCGAAUUUUACCAUUUCCGCGUUACUUUCAAAUCCUGCCCAUGUCAACGAAAAUGCGAACCCAGGUGAAAGAAGCGACAUGAUUGACUUGAUGAAGAGAGCAGACUCUAAUGGUCAACAACGAGCAUUAAAACUUCUGCUUCCUUCCGAGGAACAGGCAUGUUACCAAAUGUCUACUCAAUCACGGCAAUUGUUAUUUCCAAAUGGAGCACUUCAACGGGACAUUAUGUCAAUUGAUAAACCAGAGGAAAUCAGGAAUUCGAUCACGGCUUCUAGUUUAACCCUGUCAAUGAAUCAAGCCAUUGGCGUGGAGUUGCACAAGAAACGACGAUCCAGGGUGGCUUUCACACCGAAUCAGGUCUUUGAACUAGAGCGUCGAUUUUCUCUGCAACGAUAUUUAACCGGACCUGAGAGAACAGAGCUGGCCAUAAAGCUGAAUUUG